AUGUACAUUUCUCCGCGUCCAUUGUGUUUCCUCUGCUUCAUCAUCAUAAACUUGGUCUCAUCCUCGUCAUCGACACAAUGGUAUGAUGAUCAAAGCUCAUUGAGAGAGAUUAACGCCGACGAAAAUUUUAGUUUCCCAAAAGACUUCCUCUUUGGCACUGCCUCUUCUGCUUACCAGUAUGAAGGAGCUUACUUAGCCGACGGCAAAACACUAAGCAAUUGGGACGUCUUCACAAGCAUCCCUGGUAACAUCGCAAGAACCCCUUUCUGUGACUUGUUAUUUCGACAGGAAGAUUUAGAACUGAUGGAAGACCUUGGAGCCAAUAGCUAUCGAUUUUCUUUAUCGUGGACUCGGAUUCUUCCAAAUGGCAGGUUUGGAGAUGUGAACAUGAAAGGUAUUGAUCAUUACAACAGAAUGAUAAAUGCUAUUCUCAAAAGAGGGAUGGAGCCAUUUGUUACUUUGACACAUUAUGACAUUCCUCAAGAACUAGAGCUUAGAUACGGAAGUUGGCUUGACCCCCAAGUCCGGGAAGAUUUCGAACACUAUGCAGAGAUUUGCUUCCAACACUUUGGGAACAGAGUUAAGUUCUGGACUACGUUCAACGAACCAAACGUUCAAGUAAUUUUGGGUUACCGGAAAGGGACUUACCCGCCAUCACGUUGUUCCAAGACUUUUGCAAACUGCUCACGUGGCGGUUCUGACAUAGAGCAACUUGUUGCUGCUCACAACAUUAUCCGGUCACAUCUAGCCGCCGUUUACUUAUAUCGGACAAAAUAUCAGGAACAACAAAGAGGAAAGAUUGGUAUUGUUAUGAACACAAUCUGGUUUGAACCGGUUAGUGAUUCUUUAGCAGAUAGAUUAGCUGCUGAGAGAGCUCAAGCUUUCUACUUGACUUGGUUCUUGGACCCGGUUGUGUUUGGGAGAUAUCCAAGAGAAAUGCAAAAUAUUCUUGGAGAAGAUCUUCCUAAAUUCACAAAGGAUGAUCUUAAAAGCUCCAAGGCUGGAUUAGACUUCAUUGGGGUUAAUCAGUAUACAAGCAGAUACGCAAAAGAUUGUCUCCAUACCAAAUGUGAACCGGGCCAAGGAGGCUCGAGAGCUGAAGGUUUUGUCAAUUCAAACGCUCUUAAAGACGGUCUAUCUUUAGGAGAACCGACCGGAGUAAGCUGGUUUAAUGUUUAUCCUCAAGGAAUGGAAGAGAUGUUGAUGUAUGCAACAAAGCGGUACAGAAAGAUUCCAUUGUACGUAACAGAAAACGGUUUUGGUGAGAACAAUACAGGAGUAUUGUUAAACGAUUACAGGAGAGUGAAGUUUAUGAGUAACUACUUAGAUGCCCUCAAAAGAGCAAUGAGGAAAGGAGCUGAUGUAAGAGGCUACUUCACCUGGUCUUUACUUGACAACUUUGAGUGGAUAUACGGUUAUACCAUAAGGUUUGGCAUGUACCACGUUGAUUUUCAUACUCUAGAGAGAACCCCACGACUAUCAGCUUCUUGGUACAAGAACUUCAUUUUCAAGCACAAGGCUCAAUCCAAAGAUAAUGAUGAUGAUGCAUGA